AUGGCGACAACAGGAUAUGUUAUCAAAUCAUUGAUAAAUCUCAUAAAAAUCCGUUCGAUACGAUAUGCAUCAGGAAUUACAUUUGUCCCCAGCCAAGCAGAUCCUUCACUUGGUGAAAUAAGCAAGAUGAAUCUAUGCCAAGCGAUCAACAAUGCAAUAGAUAUCGCCAUGGGAAGUGAUUCAUCCACAUGUCUUUUCGGCGAGGACGUUGCAUUUGGUGGUGUUUUCCGAUGUACCGUUGGCUUGCAGGAGAAAUACGGCAAGGAUCGUGUUUUUAAUACACCUAUUUGUGAGCAAGGAAUAGCUGGUUUUGGCAUCGGUUUAGCAGUUUGUGGUUCGACAGCUAUUGCAGAAAUACAAUUUGCUGAUUACAUAUUCCCAGCUUUCGACCAGAUUGUGAACGAAGCAGCCAAGUAUCGGUAUAGAAGUGGAAAUUUGUUUAACUGCGGGAAAUUGACAAUAAGAGCAACGUGGGGUGCUGUAGGUCAUGGCGGUCUCUAUCAUUCACAAAGCCCUGAAGCUUAUUUCACGCAUACGCCAGGUUUGAAGGUGGUGGUUCCACGUGGACCGAUUCAAGCGAAAGGUUUACUAUUAUCAUGCAUUCGAAAUGAGAAUCCAUGUAUAUUUUUUGAGCCAAAAUUGCUGUAUCGUGCAGCAGUUGAAGACGUUCCGAUCGGAGAUUAUGAGACUGAACUUGAACAAGCUGAAGUAGUCAAAGAAGGGAAAGAUAUAACAGUUGUUAGCUGGGGUACUCAGUUACACGUUGCACUUGAUGCUGCGAAAGUUGCUGAGGAAGAAAUUGGUGUCAGUUGUGAGGUGAUUGAUUUGAGAACCAUUUUACCGUGGGAUAUCGAUACGGUUGCAAAGAGUGUUAAAAAAACUGGUCAUUUAAUAAUAACUCACGAAGCACCGAUAACUUCCGGAUUCGCAGCCGAAAUAUCAACGAAAGUUCAGGAACGAUGUUUCUUUCACUUGGAAGCUCCAAUUAGUCGUGUUUGCGGCUGGGAUACACCAUUUCCGCAUAUUUUUGAACCCUUUUAUCUACCGACGAAAUGGCGUAUAAUAGAAGCAAUUAAAAAAUUAAUCGAUUUUCAACACUGA